UGCACACAAAAUAUCAACAUGAAACUUUUGGUUGUCGUCGCCUUCACCCUGGCCGUGGCAUCAGCCGGCCAGGUCCGUGAGAAGCGAGGGGUCCUCAGCGGCCUACACGCCCCGGCCUCCAGCUAUGUUGCCCCAGCAGUCAGCUAUGCUGCCCCAGCCGUCAGCUACGCCAGCUCCCCACUGACGACCUCUGUGUCAAGCAGCUACAUCACCCCGGCCACGUCAAGCCACGCCCACCUCCCGUCCGUCAGCAGCUACGUCUCCCCUUCGUACUCCAGCCUGGCCGCUGCCCCAGCUCUUUCCAGCUACUCUGCCCCAGCCCUGUCAAGCUAUUCUGCCCCAGCCCUCUCAAGUUACUCUGCGCCGGCCUUGUCCAGUUACUCUGCUCCAGCCUUGUCGAGCUACUCUUCAUCAAGCUACUCUGCCCCAGCUCUAUCAAGCUACUCUGCCCCAGCCCUAUCAAGCUACUCUUCCCCAGCUCUAUCGUCUUACUCAUCAUCAUCGUACGCCUCCGCCGCCCCAGUGGUGAGCUACGUGCCAGCGUCGUACUCAGCUCUGGCCCACGCCCCCACUCACGCAGUGUACCCGCCUGCAGUUUCCAGCUACGUCGCCCCCGCUGUGUCCAGCUACUCCCCUCUCUCGACCUUCGCGUCGUCUAGCUAUGUUGCCCCCGCAGCUAGCUAUGUUGCCCCCUCGGUGUCCUACGCGCCAUCAGUGUCGUACUCCGCGCCUGCAGCUCGCUACGAGACGGUUCGCAGGGUGGUGAACGUGAACAAGGUGGUGUCGGUCCCUCAAGUGGUGAAGGUCAACAAGCUGGUGUCCGUGCCCCAAGUGGUGGUCGAGAAGAAGCUCGUCUCCGCGCCCAGCUACGCGCCCGCCUACUCCGGCUGUUUAACUGUGGUAGCCCUAUGCGUGGUGGCGACGGCGGCGGCGGCGGCGGCGGGGGAGGUGCGCGACAAGCGCGGCGUGCUGGGAGGCCUGCACGGGCUCGCCUACUCGCCCUCGCUCUACUCCGCGCCUAGCUACAGCUACUCGGCGCCAAGUUAUAGCCACUACGCGGCGCCUAGCUACAGCCACUACUCCUCGCCCAGUUACUACGCGGCGCCCAGUUACAGCCACUACUCGUCUCCCAGCUACUACUCGUCUCCCAGCUACUACUCGUCUCCCAGCUACUACUCGCCCAAGGUAGUGUCGGUGAACAAGGUGGUGAACGUGAACAAGGUGGUGUCGGUCCCUCAAGUGGUGAAGGUGAACAAGGUGGUGUCGGUGCCUGAGGUGGUCUCCGUCAAGAAGGUGGUGGCGGCGCCGCACUACACACAACGAAAAUACUCAGCCAUGAAGACCUUUGUGACCGUCCUCUGCUCGCUGGCGCUGGCCUCGGCGGGGCAGGUGCGUGAGAAGCGCGGGUUCCUGAGCGGCCUGCACAGCUACGCACCCGCUGCCAGCUACUCCGCCCCGGCUGUGAGCUAUGCAAGCUACUCCGCCGCGCCUAGCUACAGCUACUCCGCCGCGCCUAGCUACAGCUACUCAGCCGCGCCGGCUGUCAGUUACUCCGCCCCAGCCGUCAGCUACUCUGCGCCGGCUGUCAGCUACUCUGCCCCCGCUGUCAGCUACUCUGCCCCGGCUGUCAGUUACUCUGCGCCUGCUGUCAGCUACUCUGCCCCAGCCGUCAGCUACUCUGCCCCGGCUGUCAGUUACUCUGCCCCAGCUGUCAGCUACGCCAGUUACUCUGCUGCGCCUAGCUACAGCUACUCGGCGCCGGCUGUGAGCUACGCGCCGCGGCUGGUGGCCGUCAAGAGGGUGGUGAACGUGAACAAGGUGGUGUCGGUCCCUCAAGUGGUGAAGGUCAACAAGCUGGUGUCCGUGCCUCAAGUGGUGGUCGAGAAGAAGCUCGUCUCCGCGCCCAGCUACGCGCCCGCCUACUCCAGCCCCCAGUGGUACACACAUCGGAAUCUGAAAUCUUCUCACUCAGCCAUGAAGACCUUUGUGACCGUCCUCUGCUCGCUGGCGCUGGCCUCGGCGGGGCAGGUACGGGAGAAGCGCGGGUUCCUGAGCGGCCUGCACAGCUACGCACCCACUGUCAGCUACUCCGCCCCGGCUGUGAGCUAUGCGAGCUACUCCGCCGCGCCUAGCUACAGCUACUCCGCCGCGCCUAGCUACAGCUACUCCUCCGCGCCGGCUGUCAGUUACUCCGCCCCAGCUAUCAGCUACUCUGCGCCUGCUGUCAGCUACUCUGCCCCAGCCGUCAGCUACUCUGCCCCGGCUGUUAGCUACUCUGCCCCAGCUGUCAGCUACUCUGCCCCAGCUGUCAGCUACGCCAGUUACUCUGCUGCGCCUAGCUACAGCUACUCGGCGCCGGCUGUGAGCUACGCGCCGCGGCUGGUGGCCGUCAAGAGGGUGGUGAACGUGAACAAGGUGGUGUCGGUCCCUCAAGUGGUGAAGGUCAACAAGCUGGUGUCCGUGCCCCAAGUGGUGGUCGAGAAGAAGCUCGUCUCCGCGCCCAGCUACGCGCCCGCCUACUCCAGCCCCCAGUGGAGCAAUCUUGUUACAUCAUCUUCACAUCCUUUGAAGACACAACGGAAAUACACAGCCAUGAAGACCUUUGUGACCGUCCUCUGCUCGCUGGCGCUGGCCUCGGCGGGGCAGGUGCGGGAGAAGCGCGGGUUCCUGAGCGGCCUGCACAGCUACGCACCCGCUGCCAGCUACUCCGCCCCGGCUGUGAGCUAUGCGAGCUACUCCGCCGCGCCUAGCUACAGCUACUCCGCCGCGCCUAGCUACAGCUACUCCGCCGCGCCGGCUGUCAGUUACUCUGCCCCGGCUGUCAGCUACUCUGCCCCAGCUGUCAGCUACUCUGCCCCAGCUGUCAGCUACUCUGCCCCAGCUGUCAGCUACUCUGCCCCAGCCGUCAGCUACGCCAGUUACUCUGCUGCGCCUAGCUACAGCUACUCGGCGCCGGCUGUGAGCUACGCGCCGCGGCUGGUGGCCGUCAAGAGGGUGGUGAACGUGAACAAGGUGGUGUCGGUCCCUCAAGUGGUGAAGGUCAACAAGCUGGUGUCCGUGCCCCAAGUGGUGGUCGAGAAGAAGCUCGUCUCCGCGCCCAGCUACGCGCCCGCCUACUCCAGCCCCCAGUGGUGAACCAUCGCUGCAACUAACUGUACUCUAGUCAACUGCAAGCCUU